CUCAAGUCGGCCUACGCGAAGGCGAAGCGGCGCCUCCUGCUCCUCGACUUCGGCGGCACCUUGGUGCCCAAGGGCGACUACAUCACCAAGGUCCUCAAGACGCAGCAGAUCGGCGCCCUCGAGGCCCUGUCCAACGACCCGAGGACGACGGUCUACGUCGUCUCGGGCGCGACGAUGCACGCGCUCCACGCGCUCCUCGGCUGCUACCCGAAGCUCGGCCUCGCGGCGGCGAACGGGUUGUGCACGACGAAGCCGUCGCUCAAGACCUACGAGACGACGCGCCGCUGCGGCGUCGCCGACUACGGCACGGACUGGGACGCCGUGAAGGCCGCGGCGCUGCCGAUCCUCCGCCGCCACGCGGCCCGGACGAACGGGUCGUCCGUGCUGAGCCGCGACCCGGGCGUCGCCUGGUCCUACUACCGCGCGGACCCGGAGUGGGGGCGCAUCCAGGCCGUCCAGCUCAUCGGCGACCUCGAGGCCGUGCUCAAGCCCUACGACGUCUCGGUCGUGCACCUGGACGGCAUGAUCGAGGUCGUGCCGGGCCGCAUGCACAAGGGCAACGUCGUCAAGCACAUCCUCAACACGCUCGACGAGCCGCCGGACUUCCUCUUCGCCUGCGGCGACUCGAAGACGGACGAGAAGAUGUUCUCCUCCGUCUACUCGCACCUCGCGGACGCGCCGACGGCCGAGCACAACCAGGCCUACACGGUCACGGUCGGCAAGAAGGCGUCCAAGGCCCUCUUCUACCUCAACGACCACGCCCACGUCAUCGACGCCCUCGCCAAGCUCGCGAGCGCGUGCGAG